CAGAGCUUGGUAGCGACUGCUCCGGUUGUUAUGUAGUGUAAUAUUUUGUGGAAAUAAUUUCAAUAGCGAAUGAUUUAACUCAAUUUAUGUACUAACAACAUUUAGCGUUAAUCAUGUCUGAGAAAUACGAUAAAAAUGGGUACAAUAGCAGUGAUUUUAAACGUAAUUCUAACCAAGAGCCAAACGCUGAAAAUCUCGGAGAUCAAGAUGGCGAAAACAACCCCGUUAACGAAAAAGCCGGUGAAUAUAUGCGCGAGUUGUUGAGUGAAAAGAUUAAAUUAAAUAAUGGAAAGUUUCCAUUAUCGACAAAGCUCCUCGAUCAAGAGGUGGUCAGAGUGCAAGCUAAUGGUAGAGUGCCCCAAAAUGACUCCAAAUACGUUGAUGUAUACAGAGACAAGGCGGUGAAAGUGACUGUCAAAGUGUUGGUACCUGUUAAGGAUCAUCCAAAGUUCAACUUUGUUGGCAAGCUACUAGGACCAAAAGGCAACACAAUGAAACAACUCCAAGAAGAGACAAUGUGCAAAAUGGCUGUAUUAGGCAGGGGAUCAGUUAGAGACAGGCAAAAGGAAGAGGAGCUACGUAACUCACUAGACCCUAAAUACGCACAUCUGUUGGACGAGCUACACGUAGAGAUAUCUGCACUAGCACCACCUGCGGAAGCACAUGCAAGGAUCGCAUAUGCUUUAGCCGAAGUCAAGAAAUAUCUGAUACCAGAUACAAAUGAUUUUAUAAGACAGAAUCAAAUGCGUGAUAUGACAGAACGAGAUGUUGGGCCCGGUAUAGGUCCAGGGCCAGGGCCUGGGCCGGGACGUCGGGCCUUGCUUGAGGGCCCAGAAGUAAGGCCAAAGAAUGUCAUGUACAGCGCGUGCACCGUCACAAAGCGGUCUUUCUCCUACAGAGAUCCAAUUCUUAAUAACCAAUCUGAAGUACCUGGUGGACGUCCUCUGCUACAGAAUCGCGGAGCGCCUGGCAAGACUAAAGUGCUGAGUAUUUUGGAUAGAGCGCGCACUGCUAUGGAGACAUCGUACCCUUAUGAGGAUCCUUAUGCAGUACCAGAACAACAGGUUCGUGGUGUGCCACGCGGUGUGCCGCCACCUGAUGAUUUCUACUACGAACGUGGUCAGGAUCGGUUCUACGAGGAGCCGUAUUACAAGGAGGAGAGGGAGUACAAGCCGGCGCGUGACGUGGGCAGCCGCCGCGCGCCCCGCUACCCGCGCGCCGCACCCUACGCACGUCCACCCAAGAGCUCAGGUUCUAAAAAAAUCUCUGAAAGGGAUAAAAAGUCAUGACAUGAGACAAAAAGGAGACAUGAACGCAAAGCUAAGCAUCAUGACACUAGUCUUGGAAAAGAAAUUACGCAGUCCGAAGCUCAGGCUAACAAAGAAAAAAGGUUGGUAUAAUCUGUGGGAAUUAGCGAGUUUUUAAUAUUUAUCUGUUGAUAGCUAUUCAACGCAUCUGAAAAUGCCAAUGUCUAUGAGCAGUGGUCAUUUCGCUAUUUUGGUGAAUUACAUUGGCCAUUGCUCUUUUUAGUAUUAAAUAAAUAUUUCGAAAGUUUGAAGAUUGCAUUUCUCGAUCACAUAAUAAUAUUUUUUAUAAACAGGUCACCACCAUGUGAGGAAGGUUAAUAUAUACAAUGACGUCAAAUAAAUAUAAAGUAAAUAAACUGUAUAUAAUAUAAUGUUUCA